AUGGCUGAAGUUCCCGUCAAAUCCGAGGAAGACGAAAGCCUCACAAUGGUCAAUUCGGAGGAUCCAUGGAAUGAUCCCUGUUUUCUGAGUGCUCAAAAGGUAGAGGUUGACAUCUUGAGGCAAAUUGAGGUGGCCAUCGAGAGACUUCCAUCCAACACGAAAAAAGGACUGUGGAAGAAGAAAUUGGCAAAAGCCCAGUCGCACAACCAUCGAACCUUGCGAAAAAGAGUUGCCCUUAUUGGGAUGAGCGGGCACGGAAAGAGCAGCGUUUUGGGCGAAACCCUCGGUGAUAGUGGGGUUGCGCGGACAAGUGGUAUCGGUCGAGCUGUGACAUACACGGCCCAAGAAUACGUCCAGCGGCGCACAGGCCAGACACAGAAAUACACUCUCGUAUGUUCGUUCUUAACACGGCAGGAGCGCAAGUCCCGGAUGGAAACCCUUCUAGAAGACUGGCGACGCAUUGAGGUAGAAGGCAUAUCUCCCUCCGAUCGAGAAUUCACAGUGAUGAAGGACAACGAGAAGACUGCUUUGGCAACUAUCAGAGCUGCUCUCAAAAAUGUACGCGGUUUCGACCUACGAAAACUUGAGUAUGGCAAGAAUGGCAUAACCCAAGAGGCAGCAGUCGAACAGCUUCACCAAUGGGUUGACGAGAUGCCUUUACCAAAUGGUGCCACGGAGGGUGGUAGAUAUGAGCAGACUUUUACCGAUGCUAAGGUUCUCCAGAAAUCAAUUCACGACUUCCAAAGAACUGGAUUGUGGCCUUUUAUUGCAAGCUCUCGAAUCUUUCUUGAUUCGGGAGUCCUCAAAGACGGCCUCAUUCUGGUCGAUCUUCCAGGCUGCUUCGAUUCCAACCACAUCCGAGCUACGGUUGCCGACGCAUAUCUCCCUCGAGCUCAAGAGGUGUGGAUUGUGGCAAACAUCUCUCGUGCUGCUGAUUCCCCCGUGAUUGAGAAUCUAGCUGAACGCUACUUCCGAGAAACUGAAGGAGUUGGUGAUCUACACCGACCAGCUGUGAAUAUUAUCUGCACUUUCGCCGGAGACAUUCCAGAUGACAUUGACUGGGAAGACGAAGAAUUCGCUGACGAAGAAACAUCUCGGGCCAUCCGAAAAGCCGAGGAAUAUUGUGAGAUGGCCGAGGACCAAUCGCCUCAAGGCUACGAACAAGCAAAAUAUGAUCGGCGAAUUCUCAAGAUGAAGGCGCGCAACUCUUUUGUCACACGGGAGAUAGAGGGAACCUGGUCGAGUGUUUUCGCAUCAGGAAAGUCACCGUUAAAAGUAUUCUGCGUUGACAAUAAGUUGCAUAGAGAAGAUUCUAAGAGGGAGAAGACUGACAGUGGUAUACCGGAGUUACGAAAAUAUGCUUCAGGCAUAAUGUCGCAGAUACUCUUCAAGAAUGCCAUGGAUUCUCUCUGCGUCGAGACACCAGCCUUGAUUCGUUCGGUCGAGACAUACAUAGAUGUCUUGAAGCAUCCACCAGCAGUCUCGCAAGCCGAGAUCGCUAUUGGGUCUGUCGAAAUUGAGGAGGCUCAUAUUCACUGGGAACAAUGGGAGAAAACUGUGUCAGAAGCAUGCCAUCACAUAACACAGAGUGCCAAAGCGAAAAGAAAGACUAUCAUUGCCUCUGCAAGCGUCCAUCUCGAUGACUGGGAAACCCUCGCGUGGCAAACCCUAGGGGCAUUCUUUCGCCGGGGCGGAGCUUACAGAAUACCCAAAACAAAAGUUCAGGUCUCAUGGUCGGCCCAGCUUAUGGGAUGCAUUCUUACGGUCGUCAAGUCGCUCUGGAGAAGACUCGACCGCCAGGCUGUGUCGGCUUGGGACCUGCUGAUCUCAAGUAUCAUGGACCGAUUCAAAAUCCACGAGUCCAAAUACGGGAGUGGAGAGGGGCCUGAAACCAUGCUUCGUCUGCUUGAAAGCCGGAAGAAUUAUCUAAAGUCACUCUUGAAUGCAGAGAGAGCUGAAUUCAAGAAGAACAUGCUGGAGGUCAAGCUCAAAGCUGUUACAUCGGAUACUCAAUCCUACAUGUUCAGCGUCAUGCAACCCGUCUUCCGAGAAUCUGCCUCAGAUCGUGGGGUCGGAGUCAAGGCUCGAAGCAUUCAGCGUCUUAAAACCAUAAUCGAGAGUGGCGAUUUUCUCACUGAUUAUGCAGAUACCGUGGACGAUGCAUGCGACGACCUGAUUAGUGCGACCAAGCGAGGAUUCGACAAAGUCAUUGCGGAAGUUGCUGGGGAUAUCAAUGCAGACUUGGAACCCGUGAUCGCAGCUGAGUUGUCUGACAGCUUCUCCCGGCAGCAGCAUUCCAUUAUCAGCGAAUUGGACGAACACAUGUUUAACAUUGCUCUGAAAGAAAGUCAAAUGAAUGCGAACAUCGAGAAAGCAAAGGCGAUGGCAGAACGUGUCUGGGGCCUCGAAGCUAAUCUCGACCUCGAUGCAGCCACGAGUUCUGAUGGCGAGUAG